ACAAAGUCAAGACAGAGAGAUGAACUACGCGGAACGCCUCGGUUGGUACAGCAAAGCAGCGCAGUUCUCUCCAAUGCCUGCCUCGUCUUUCCUUUGCUGUUACUACUGAUACUCAUAAAACAGAGCCCUCUGUAACAAAAGGAUUGGUUGGUACAAAAUUACACAUGCCAUCUCUGUAGUCUAUGACUGUCUAUUUAUAUAUAUACAUACACACACACUGUAUAUGUUAAACACACACUCUCUCUCUAUGUAGACACUCUAGAGAAAAGGAAAAACCCAUUAGACAAGAUCCCUUCUACUAGUACACUAGUACCACAUAGUCUUACACAGCUACAGUUGCAGCCCAUAAAUGCAUAAAACUGUUUACAGUUUUUGAUAAUUUGUUAAUCACCACCAUGCCUCGAUUUAGUAAUCUCCAGAUUUGAAUCACGAACUCUCCUCAUUCUUUCCUUUCUCUCUCCUCCCUGAACUCUCCUCAUUCUUUCCUCUCUCCUCCCUCUCUCUCUCUCUCUAGCAGUACUAUUUGUAUCCACUUGUCCUAACUUCAACUCUCCACUUUCAGUUGAAAACUCAUCAACUCUGUCAUGUUUCAAAGCUCUCUAACCAAUUUCAAAAUUUGAUUCUUCUUUUGUCCAAUUAAAAAACAUACCAUGAUGAUGGCUCAUAAGCAUCUACACGAGCUACUGAAGGAAGAUCAAGAACCGUUCCAGCUGAAGAACUACAUUGCCGAUAUCAAGAAGAAACAAAUUCCCAGAACAACUUUACAAGUCAAGAAACGAAAACCCAUUGUUGAGAGCUCAAGCUCGAGGCACAGUAUUCUCUGCAAGCAUGCGUGUUUUUUCUCGUUCCAGGACUCGCCGGACGUCAGGAAACCACCGUUCUUUGAUUUUCCGUCGCCGGCGAAGAGUCCCUGUAAAAGCCCCAACACCGUUUUCAUGAAAGUCCCAGCUGGAACUGCUGCUUUGCUUCUCGAAGCUGCAAUGAGGAUUCAGAAACAAUCGUCCUCUGCUAAACCCAAAACCCAGAUUAAGAAUGUGGGGUUUGGGUUAUUAGGGUCGAUUCUGAAGAGAUUAAGCAAUCGGAGUAAGACCCAAAAACGUGAAAUCGACUGUGAUGGGGUUAGGGUUUCGGCCGGUGGUCGUAGAAAAUUCAGCGGAAAGGGCGAGAAAGUGAAGGAAAAUGUGGCGGGAGUGAAUUACAAAAGUGCUUCUGAGGUAGAAUUUUCGUGUUCUUAUGGGAAAACCAAGCUAAAUAGUGCUGUUUGGUCGGAAAGUAACGAAGAAAAUUGGUCUCUGGGUUUGGAGACCUCUACUAGUUGCAGGUCAGUGGACUCUGAAGAGAUUGAAUUUGUAUCUGAAGAGGGAGAAAAUGGAGGUUUCGCUUCCAUUGAAAAGCGCUUCUGUUCGAGCCCUAUAAGCCCUUUCCGAUUUGCUCUUACAAAAAGCCCGUCUUCCGGCCGCCGGACACCGGAAUUCUCGUCGCCGGCGGCGUCUCCUUGUCGCCAUAAUGAAAAGGAAAAAGAGAAUCACGUAGCAGAGAGCAUAACAAAAGUCCAAUUAGAAGAAGAGGAAGAAGAGAAGGAACAAUGCAGUCCAGUAUCAGUAUUGGAUCCUCCAUUCGAAGACGACGCGGAGGCGGAAAGACACGAAAGUGUGGACGAGGAAGAAGAUGACUAUGAUCUCGACUGCAGCUUUGAAAUUGUACAAAGAGCAAAACAGCAACUGUUGCACAAGCUUCGAAGGUUUGAGAGAUUGGCAGAGUUGGAUCCUAUUGAACUCGAGAAAAUAUUGUUAGAAGAACGAGAUGAAGAAAUUGAUAAUGAAGACCUAGAGGUCGAAAAUGAUUGGGAAGAUGACGAGUCACUUUCAUUUUGCAGAGAAAAAAAUGUUGAUGAAUUUAUUAGAGAAAAUCUUAACAAAUCAAGCCUCCAUUUUGGCGAAGUUUCAGCAGACACGAAAACACUGGUCUCGGACCUUAUUGCAGAGGAGAAAAGCGAAGAGAAUGCCUCGGAUGACAGUGAAGUUGUGGCGAAAAGAGUUUGCAAGAGGUUGGAUUCAUGGAAGGUGGUGAAAUGUAACACCAUUGAUAUGAUGGUGAAGUCGGAUUUCGUAAGAGAAUUUGAUGGGUGGAACAAAAAUCAGGAGCAGAUGGGAGAGACGGCAAUGGAGAUCGAGCUUGCUAUAUUCGGAUUAUUGGUUGAGGAAUUGUCACAAGAAUUAGUCUGCUAAAAAACUGGGCUGUGAAGGAAAACUUCAUAUAUAAAGUUUCUGGUCAAUCUAAAUAAUUUUUUGGUCUAAUUCUAUUAAUUUUUCUAGUGUGACUUCAGCUGUCAAGGGAUAUAUAUGAUAGACCUAAUUAGUAGUAAUUAAGUUGAUUUUAGUUUAUAUGGUCUUAUGUAUGUAUAUGUAUCAUGUAUGCAAAUGGGAAGAUGUAUGUAUUCUAAACUUUCGUUGCUCGAUUCAUGAAACAUUACAAGUACAAUA